CUCUCGCCGACUUCCACUCGCACUCAGUCGAGCACGAGUACAGGAGGCAGCAGGCAGCUGCCGAGGAGCGAGCUGGAACUCCAGCCUGCUCUCCAGCAGAUUGUGCCUCCUGUACGAUGGACGCUAAACAGUGGCUCAGCAGAAGGGAUGGGGGGCAGAGCCGCCAGGCGCACAGGUCGCCAGGGGUCAUGAGGGUCUCAGGGGCCCCGCUGGCUGUGCAGAGCAGCUGAAGCAGGCAUGGGCAACGUUUUGGAUGGCAUCAUCAGGCUCCGCCUCUCUGACAUCACCGGCCACAACCACCACUGGCUACGCAACAAGUUCUUCUAGUUUGCCGUCGUCUUCCUUUGAGACUUUGCAAUGAGAAUGUCCGACAUUGCAAAUACUGAAACGAUGAAGGUUUCCGAGGCGGCUGAAAGGCUGACAUCUGCGAAAGACAACGCCAGCAACUCUGAGGCGUCAGAGCCGAGCCAAAGCUGCAGGGACGAACACGACGGCAGCAGCAACAAGCAGCCGGUGAAGCACUCUAAGUCCAGCACCAGGCUAAAGCUCGUGCGGAGUUUGGCAGUGUGCGAAGAAUCCUUGCCCUGCCCCAUUCCCGAGCCUCCGGCAGCACCGCAGAAAACGUUCGAAAACGAAGAACGAGGCGCAAAGGACCAAGCUGAGGAGGAGAGCAGCUGUGACAAGGUGCACAAACCUGAGAAAGCGCCGCGAAAAAUGCUGUCAAGAGAUUCCAGUCAGGACUACACCGAUUCCACUGGCAUCGAUCUCCACGAAUUCCUGGUCAACACAUUGAAAAGCAAUCCCAGGGAUCGAAUCAUGCUACUGAAGCUGGAACAGGACAUCCUGGAUUUCAUCAGCAAUAACGAGAGCCAAAAGAGGAAGUUCCCCCCCAUGACGUCCUACCACAGAAUGCUGCUGCACCGCGUGGCGGCGUACUUCGGCAUGGACCACAAGGUGGACCCGAGCGGGAAAUCGGUGGUGAUCAACAAAACCACCAACACUCGAAUACCUGAUCAGAAAUUCUCCGAGCACAUCAGCGAUGACAGGGUGGACGAUUUUCAGAAACGUUACAUUCUCAAACGAGACAACUCCAGCUUUGAUCGGGACGACAGCAUGAUUCGAAUGCGCUUGAAAGCUGACAAGAGGAGCAAAUCGAUGGAGGAGAGGGAGGAGGAGUACCAGAGAGCCCGAGAAAGGAUUUUCGCACAUGAUGGAGACCACUUCAUAAUCGACAGAGGCGCUCUGGAUGAAAACUCCUGCCUGAGUUCCCAGCAGAGGCGCCAAAUGUUCAGGUUACGCGCCGGUCAGUCCGGUGCCAGCAGGCAGAGCAGCUCCGAGACAGACACACUGCCACGCCCCGGCGAGCCGCGGCCGUGGAGUAGCACCGACAGCUCUGACAGCUCCAACCGGCUCGCCCCGCGGCCCGCCAUCACCAAAGCCAGCAGCUUCAGCGGCAUCUCGCCCGGCCUGAUCCGAGGGGACAGCACGGCCAGCAGCAAGAGCACCGGGAGGCUAUCCAAAACAGGUUCCGAGUCCUGCAGCAGCGUCGGCUCCUCUUCCAGCUCGCUGUCCCGCCCCCAGCUGCCUCUCCCGGCGCCGGCCUCGUCCAGGCCCGGUGUCCACAGCACUCCCUUGAUCCACCCCGCCGCUGACAGCAGAGGCGCCGCACAUUUGGACGCCACCAAAAGCCUCCCGCCUCACCCAACAGCCGCCGACACAACCAACUACUACGUGUUCCCGCUCGAAGCCUCAGGGAUUCCUCCUGGCAGCGUUCUGCUCAAUCCACACACAGGCAAGCCCUUCGUCCACCCCGACGGCAGCGCCGUGGUUUAUAACCCGGCCGGCGUUGCCCCGGCCGCCGGCCGGCUCCAGCAGCAAGGGAAAAGCCCACCGCAGCCACUCCCUGCUGCGCCCCAGCAACACUUUUACCCCCAGCCGAUCGGCGCUGCUCUCCAGCCGUCCUCGGAGACCUUCCACCCAACGAUUUCCUAUCCUCUUCCUCCUCCUCCUCCUCUUCACUCUUCUCAGUUCCUGCCCGUCUGUUCUACCCAACAAUACACAGUGCCUGAAGUCCUCAGUGCCCAGUUCAGUCACAUGACUCUGGCGCAGCAGCCGCCCGGGGACGGCGCCGCCUCUACCCCAGAAGGCCGGCACUAUCCCCCCAUGUACGGCUCCCACCCGUCGCCCAUGGUCCUGCAGGGGGCCGCGCCGCAGCAGAUGACCGGCUACAUGGUGGCGGGCCCAUCAGGGGGCGUGCCCGUCCAACUCCCGGGGCAAGCCCCCAACCACGCCUACCCCAGCUCCAACUCGGCGGUGUUCUCCGCAGCGCCGCUCAACCAGCCGCUGCUCCAACAGCACACCUACAUCCAGCAGCCGGUGCAGCAGCAGAUUUCCUCGUGUUACUGCGCCUCGGGCCACCAUCCACACUGCUCCCAUCAGCAGCAGCACUACCGGCCCCCCACCAACCCCCCGCCCUACAACUGCCCGCAGAGCCAGAACCUGCCCCAGCAACAAGCACAACAAGCCCUGAUGCCAAACCCCGCCUCCAGCUACCAGACCGUACUGGGCAUGCAGGCGGCGCCCGGCCUCGCUCUCACCGGCAACCAGCAAAGCAAUAUGGCCAACCAGGUGCAAGGCAUGAUGGUCCCGUACCCCCCAAUGCAGUCCUAUCAGCAGUCGUACCAGCAGCCCAUCUUCGUGUCCUGCCAGCCCACCCCGGUCGCCGGCAUGCAGCCCUGCUACAGCCUGCUGCCCCCAAACCAGCACACCACCAUGAGCUCCACUGUCAGCUUCCUCCCUGGACCGGUGAUGGAGCAGCUCCAGUUUUCCCAGACCUCCUCCCCUUGCAUCUCCCAGCAGCAUCCCGGUCAGCAGUACGCAGGCCUGUUGCCCCCGGCGCCCGGCGGCAUGGUGAUGCUGCAAAUGACGGGGCCCCCCUACCAGCAGCACCGAGCCCCCUCCCCCUGCCAGAGGAAGCCUGCCGGUCACAAGCAGCCAGGGCCCGAACAGCCGCGCGGCCGCAGGCCCGCAGAGAUGCCCCCGCCCGCAGACGGCAACGCACAGAGCAGCCUGCCCUCGUCCCCCGCGCUCACGCCUUCGCCGUGCCCGCCGCUCAGCAUCAAGGGCUUCCCGGUGGUGUCCCACCAGCUGCCCCCUACUUUCUGCCACACUGGACAAGGUGAGGCGCAUUACUCCCUACUGGGCCAACCAGUUCAGUACAAGCCCUCCAUCAGAGGACCGCUGAUCCACGCCACUCACAUGGUGACCAAACACCAGGGCCCUCUGGGAGUUUGGCGAAGCAGUCAAGGGAGGAAGGCCAGCAGAAAGCCUUUGUCUUCAGAUCUCAGUUGAGCAGUCACUUCCUGGAAGUGACACCUCCUCCGGAGAGGAGGGGGGGGGGGUCAGCUGCUCUGACUCCCGGCGGCCCCUGGCAGCGCUGCACAAAAGGGGGGGCGAAUCGAUCGGAAGGAGCCCUCGGACCAUCAGCGGAGAUCCUCGGCCCGCCGCGCUCCCCUCCCAACGCAACACUCACAGCAGGCCCCGGGCUGCCUUUCAUUUCAGAAGCAGACACAAAGGAGAGCCGCGCCGCUGCAACCGGGCCGGCUCAUCGCUGCUAAGAUCUGUCUCUGAUCUGUCUCUGUCCACAAGGGAGCAGACGUUUGAAAAUGAAUGUUUACUUUUAGUUUUGUUUUAGUUUCUUUUUUUUUUUUUUUUCACCGGCCAAAAAGUUUGUGCAGAGAGCUUUGAAAGGCCCCGCCCCCCCCCUCAACAAUCUACCUUUUGUGUUCUGGAGUUCAGUUGCGUCUCACUGCGGUGACGGCACCAAGCAAACGUAGACGGGAUGCAUCCAAAGCAGCCCUCUCCUGUCGGGUGAAACCAUCCUGCAGCUGCACCACGAAACACUGAAUAAUGGAUAUACUACCUGAAUUAUUUAAGUCACCAUUGAACACAGUGAAUGUUGCAUUUGCACUGAAAUGACGAUCAACGUGAAGAUUUGAUUGGUGUCGGACCGGGUCUGGAUUUUCUUUUAUUAACCCCCUCAUACCUGUUUGUUGCACUCGGCCAGGCCACUUUGUUUUAUAUAUUAAAUUAAAAUGUUUAUAUGCACAAGAAAAA